GGAACACUCCAGACCCCGCCGCCGCCCAACGGUCCCUCCGUCUCCACCACGCCACGGCCGACGAAGGCGAGGAGAGACCAAUCCAAUCAAAGGGAGCACUACAAAAGGAAGGGGAGGAGCCAGAAGCUAUACCACCACCACCACUACUUCCCGCGGCAGCGCACGACUCGAGGAAUCGUUCCCGCAGCACCGGCAGCAGCGUCUCUCCGCUCCGGCGACAACCGUGAGGCCAUGGCCAAGGAAGGAGCAGGAGGCGGGCCCGACUGGAACGGCCUGCUCAAGUGGAGCCUCGCCCACGGCAGCGACGGCACCAACCCGCCCCGCGCGCUCAGCGAGGAGGACAGGAAAUGGUUUAUGGAGGCGAUGCGGGCGAACACAAUCGAUGUCGUCGGCAGGAUGAAGGAGAUAGCCCAGGUGAUGAAAACCCCUGAUGAUGUGUUGCAGUCUCAUGGCGUGAAUCCAGAGAACAUUGAAGGUACCUUCUCAGAUAUGCUUGAUGAGUUACAAGAGCAUGUGGAAUCCAUUGAUAUGGCAAAUGAUCUUCAUUCUAUUGGUGGACUAGAUCCUCUACUUGGUUACUUGAAAAAUUCACAUGCUGGCAUCCGAGCAAAGGCAGCAGAAGUUGUCAGUACGGUUGUCCAGAAUAACCCGAAAAGCCAGCAACUUGUCAUGGAAUCUAAUGGACUGGAGCCGCUAUUGACAAACUUCAGGUCUGAUCCUAGCACGACUGCACGCACAAAAGCUCUUGGAGCUAUCUCUUCUCUGAUUCGCAAUAACCAGUCCGGUCUUGCUGCAUUUCGUCUAGGAAAUGGACAUGCUGCACUGAAAGAUGCACUUGGUUCUGAUGAUGCUAGACUUCAGAGGAAAGCUCUGCAUCUCACACAGUACCUGCUGAACAAUAAGGCGGAUAGGAACGUCGCUGCAGAGAUUGGUCUUCCGAAUCAACUGAUACACCUCGCAUCCAGUGACGAUUCUGGAGUCCGGGAGGCUGCCCUGGGCGGCCUUCUUGAGCUGGCACGCGACAAGACACCAGCUGCCAGCAACGCUCUACCUGAUCAGGACAAGCUGAAAGACGUCCUGAAGAGCCGAAUCGAAGGCAUAAGCGCAAUGGACGCCGACGACCUCCAAGCAGCCCGUGAGGAGCGGCAACUGGUGGACUCCCUCUGGAAGGAGUGCUACGGCGAGCCGUCGUCUCUCAGGGAGAAGGGCCUGGUGGUGCUCCCGGGGGAGGACGGGCCGCAGCAGCCGCCGCCGGACGUCGCGGGGAAGAUGUUCGAGCCGCCGCUCCGCGCGUGGGCCGCUCCGAGGCCUGCUCCAGCGGAGGACUCCGAUUCGGGCAGCGGGAAGAAGGAUCCGCCCCUGCUGCUAGGGCCGUGACCGUCUCCGGCUCUAGUUCUUGGUGGAACCCAGCGGAUAUUGUGGGAGGCUGAAGAGCAUGCGUUAAUGGUAGAAAAGUCUAGUGAUUCUGCCUUUAGUAACCUUUAUUAUUUGCCACAAUGGUUGUACUACGCUGAUCAGCUGAGAGGUUGAUUCGAGUGUUUUCUUUUUGCGAGUUUGACAGAUGCUUGUGUUAUUAUCCUUUGCCUCUUAAGCAAUGAUCUUAAUGCACACUUGUUGAGUGCCA